GCUUCCCCCUCGCUGAUGCCGCUUAACUUCACCCCCCAGGACAUCCAGCACACCGAGGACUUCCUCAUCAAGCCCGAGUCCCGCGUGGCCCAGCUGGACACGUCGCAGUGGCCCUUGCUGCUGAAGAACUUUGACAAGUUAAAUGUGAGGACAGCACACUACACGCCUCUUCCUUCUGGUGCUAAUCCCCUGAAGAGAGAGAUUUCUGACUAUGUUAGGUCUGGCUUUAUUAACCUCGACAAACCCUCCAACCCAUCCUCUCACGAGGUGGUUGCGUGGAUCCGGCGCAUCCUGCGAGUGGAGAAGACAGGGCACAGUGGCACCCUGGACCCCAAGGUGACUGGGUGCCUCAUCGUGUGCAUCGAGAGGGCCACACGGCUGGUCAAAUCUCAGCAGAGCGCAGGCAAAGAGUAUGUGGGAAUUGUUCGGCUGCACAAUGCCAUUGAAAGUGAGGCUCAGCUGGCCAGGGCCAUAGAAACCCUGACAGGUGCCUUGUUCCAGCGGCCCCCCCUCAUUGCUGCUGUCAAACGACAGCUGAGAGUCAGAACCAUCUACGAGAGCAAGCUGGUGGAGUAUGAUCCUGAGAGAAGAUUAGGUAUCUUCUGGGUGAGCUGUGAAGCAGGCACAUACAUCCGAACCCUGUGCGUGCACCUGGGGCUGCUGCUGGGCGUGGGGGGCCAGAUGCAGGAGCUGCGCCGAGUCCGCUCGGGCAUCCUGGGAGAGACGGACAACAUGGUGACCAUGCACGAUGUGCUGGACGCCCAGUGGCAGUACGACAACCACAAGGAUGACAGCUACCUGCGAAGGGUCAUCCUGCCCCUGGAGAAGCUGCUGACUUCACACAAGAGGCUCGUCAUGAAAGACAGUGCAGUUAAUGCCAUUUGCUAUGGAGCCAAGAUCAUGCUGCCUGGUGUUCUGCGGUAUGAGGAUGGCAUUGAGCUUAAUCAGGAGAUUGUUGUCAUCACCACAAAAGGAGAAGCCAUCUGCCUAGCCAUUGCCUUGAUGACCACAGCAGUCAUUUCUACGUGUGACCAUGGUGUUGUGGCAAAGAUCAAGAGAGUGAUCAUGGAGAGAGACACAUACCCCCGGAAAUGGGGGCUGGGUCCCAAGGCCAGUCAGAAGAAGAUGAUGAUCCAGAAGGGUCUGCUGGACAAGCAUGGAAAGCCCAAUGAGAGCACACCAGAGUCCUGGAAGAUGGAAUAUGUGGAUUACAGGGAUACUUCCAGGAAAGAAGCAGCUGCUGAUCACCAAGCUGUUUCAGAGGUGGACAGGGCAGCAAAGAGAAAGAGAGACUCCGAGAGUGAAAACGAGGAAGCUGUGACCCCACCAUCCCCUGCCACCCCACCACCAGAGGAGCUGAGCAAAAAGGAAAAGAAGAAGAGGAAGAAAGAGAAGAAGGCCCAAGAGGCAGCUGAGAGUGGGGGAGAACAAAUGGAGAGGACCAGUGAGAGCAGCAGUAAGAAGAAGAAGAAGAAGAAACAGAAGGAGGUAGAAGAGAGCUCGGACUAAGCAGCUGGGUCUGUCCAAAGCAGGCACUCUCAUCAGUGUAAGGAGGGAGGAGUUUUAGGCCUUGAGAAGAGGACUGGCUGCAUGGCAGAGGAGCCAGCAAGCUCAAGUUCUUUUCUGCUGUUUAUACGAGUGAGUGGGUGUUUGUCCUGCUCAGGUGCCCCUCCUCAUCCUGUUUUAAGGGUUGCCAGAGGAGCAGGGUGCCUGUCCUUGCACUGGAUUGAUCUCUAAAGCUGAGCACCAUGCUGCCAACAGAAGUGGUAUCUUCAGGGAAAUUGUACUUUCUGGCUCUUCCUUGGUCUCUGUUUCCACCUAGUGAGGGUGGAAUAAUCUUUCUGCCCCCUCAUGUACUGCCUCUUUCUUCCUUUUCUCCCAAGGCUGAGGCUGUUACCUGACAGUUAAAGAAUGUGUUGCUUCCUGGAGGAGUGGCUUUGUCACAGCCCAUGUGAAUGGAUUCCCAUGGGGACAGAUCACUUAUUUCUGAAGGACUGUUUUGUUUUAACCUGGCCACAUGCUUGGCUUCAUCUUCAGUUAAAUGAGAACAAAUAGUCCACUCAGAUUGUUUUUCACUCCUUUUUUGACCUUUAUCAUGAAAGGAUUAGAGAAUUUAAUUCCUCCUUUUUGCUUAUAGCACGAGGACGUGCUUGUUCAUGGUGUGCUGAUUCCCAAGCCCAGCAGCCUCAGUGACUUGGGCAGUGUGUCCCUUUUGCUGGCUCUUUGCUCUUCUCUACCCCUUUGUUGGACUGCUUUUGGUUUCCUGGCCUGGUUCUGAUGCCCAGUGUGCUCCGAAGGCUGGAGGUGGGGAUGUGGCUGGAGGGCAGGAGGUGAGCAGGAGGUGAUGACAUGUUCUUCAUGCUGCUGGGACUGGAGUCUCCUGAGGAAAAGCUCUGCCAAGGGGCACUGGCUGUGGGCUUGAACGGUUUCAGAUAAAUCUGUUGCUAACCUAUCUGGAAUGACUUCUGAGGGCAGAAGGUCUCUCCUCUGUCACAGGGGUAGUGCUGAGCCAGAAUUUAGUUCCUUUUAAUAAGGAAGGACCCCAGGCUGCUCUGAGUUUCAUCCCUGCAGAGAUUCUGUUAACUGUUGGUUUAACCUCGUGCAUUGCUUUAGUCUUAAUGGUCUAUCCUCCCCUCCAGUGCUGGAGAUGCAGGCAAUGGGGACAGCAGCUGGUGGGUGUUACUUGAGCACAUUAAAAAAAAAAUGGUCCAUUUUUAUUUACUCUUUUUUACAAAAAAUAAAUAAAACUUCCCGUUUUGAACAGGUGA